CUACAACUGUAGCAUCACCUACAACAACAACUGCAGAUGCUUCCACCACCACAAGUGCAGCACCUACUACAUCAAUCCCAACUGCAGGUCCUACUACCAUUUUGACUACUAAGACAAUCACAACUGAAUAUCCUACAGAAAUCACAACUGAAGCUCUUAUGACCCCCACAAUUGCAGCUUCUACUUCAACAACUGUUGCUCCCACGACAACAACUGCAGCAGCUCCUAUAACAACAACUGUAGCUGCUUCCAUAAACGCAACAACAGCACCUACUACGUCAAUCACAACUGCAGGUCCUACUAACAUUUUAACUCCAACGACAAGCACAACUGAGGCUCCUAUAGACAUCACUACUGUAGCUCCUUUGAACCCCACAAUUGCAACUUCUUCUUCAACAACUGUAGCUCCAACGAUCACUACAACUGCAGAAGCUUCUACAACAACAACUGUAGCUGCUUCUACAUUUACUACUGCAUCCCCUACUGCAACCACAACAGAAGCUCCUUCUACAACAACUGUAGCACCAAUGACUUUAGGAACAACAGUCCCAACGACAACUGCAGCUAAUUCCUCAACUGUAGCUCCUUCAAUGCCAAUCCCAACUGCAGCUCCUACAACAACAACUCUUGCUCAUUCGACCUCUACAACUUCAGCACCCACUACUUUAUUCACAACUGCAGGUCCUACUACCAUUUUACCUCCUUCGACAACCACAACAACAUCCACCACAACAACUGUUGCUCCUUCAAUGUCAAUCUCAACUGCAGGUCCUACUACCAAUUUAACUCCAACGACAACCACAACUGAAGCUCUUACAGACAUCACAACUGUAGCUCCUAUGCCCCCCACAAUUGCAACUUCAACUGCAGCAUCACCUACAACAACAACUGCAGAUGCUUCCACAAUCACAGGUGCAGCACUUACUACAUCAAUCUCAACUGCAGGUCCUACUACCAUUUUGACUCCUAAGACAAUCACAACUGAAGCUCCUACAGAAAUCACAACUGUAGCUCUUAUACCCCCCACAAUUGCAGCUUCUACUUCAACAACUGUUGCUCCCACGACAUCAACUGCAGCAGCUCCUAUAACAACAACUGUAGCUGCUUCCAUAAACGCAACAGCAGCAUCUACUACGUCAAUCACAACUGCAGGUCCUACUAACAUUUUAACUCCAACGACAAGCACAACUGAGGCUCCUAUAGACAUCACUACUGUAGCUCCUUUGAACCCCACAAUUGCAACUUCUUCUUCAACAACUGUAGCUCCAACGAUCACUACAACUGCAGAAGCUCCUACAACAACAACUGUAGCUGCUUCUACAUUUACUACUGCAUCCCCUACUGCAACCACAACAGAAGCUCCUUCUACAACAACUGUAGCACCAAUGACUUUAGGAACAACAGUCCCAACGACAACUGCAGCUAAUUCCUCAACUGUAGCUCCUUCAAUGCCAAUCCCAACUGCAGCUCCUACAACAACAACUCUUGCUCAUUCAACCUCUACAACUUCAGCACCCACUACUUUAUUCACAACUGCAGGUCCUACUACCAUUUUACCUCCUUCGACAACCACAACAACAUCCAAUACAACAACUGUUGAUCCUUCAAUGUCAAUCUCAACUGCAGGUCCUACUACCAAUUUAACUCCAACGACAACCACAACUGAAGCUCUUACAGACAUCACAACUGUAGCUCCUAUGCCCCCCACAAUUGCAACUUCAACUGCAGCAUCACCUACAACAACAACUGCAGAUGCUUCCACAACCACAGGUGCAACACUUACUACAUCAAUCUCAACUGCAGGUCCUACUACCAUUUUGACUCCUAAGACAAUCACAAUUGAAGCUCCUACAGAAAUCACAACUGUAGCUCUUAUACCCCCCACAAUUGCAACUUCAACUACAACUGUAGCAUCACCUACAACAGCAACUGCAGAUGCUUCCACCACCACAAGUGCAGCUCCUACUACAUCAAUCCCAACUGCAGGUCCAACUACCAUUUUGACUACUAAGACAAUCACAACUGAAUCUCCUACAGAAAUCACAACUGAAGCUCUUAUGACCCCCACAAUUGCAGCUUCUACUUCAACAACUGUUGCUCCCACGACAACAACUGCAGCAGCUCCUAUAACAACAACUGUAGCUGCUUCCAUAAACGCAACAGCAGCAUCUACUACGUCAAUCACAACUGCAGGUCCUACUAACAUUUUAACUCCAACGACAAGCACAACUGAGGCUCCUAUAGACAUCACUACUGUAGCUCCUUUGAACCCCACAAUUGCAACUUCUUCUUCAACAACUGUAGCUCCAACGAUCACUACAACUGCAGAAGCUCCUACAUUUACUACUGCAUCCCCUAAUGCAACCACAACAGAAGCUCCUUCUACAACAACUAAAUCACAACUCUUCUACUUCAACAACUGUUGCUCCCACGACAACAACUGCAGCAGCUCCUAUAACAACAACUGUAGCUGCUUCCAUAAACGCAACAACAGCACCUACUACGUCAAUCACAACUGCAGCUUCUACUUCAACAACUGUUGCUCCCACGACAACAACUGCAGCAGCUCCUAUAACAACAACUGUAGCUGCUUCCAUAAACGCAACAACAGCACCUACUACGUCAAUCACAACUGCAGGUCCUACUAA